AUGCCCGGUACUAGAUGUGCUGUGUAUGGUUGCAAUAAUAACCUUCUUGCAGUAAAAGCUAAAGGAGAAAGUGUAACGUUUCAUGUGUUUCCUAGACAAAAAGACUUAAUUUCUAAAAGAAUUAGGUCUGAAUGGAUUAAUCGUUGCAAAAGGAGAGAUAAAUUUAAUCCAGAUACAAGUAGAAUAUGUUCUGUUCAUUUUGUUCAAAGUGAUUAUGAAAGAGAUUUACAAAAUGAAUUGCUGGGUUUACCAGAAAGAAAGAUUCUGAAGAAAACAGCUAUCCCUACAUUAAAUCUUCCGGAUAGAAUGAACCCAACAGUUACGGAACGAGAAAGAAGAAGUUCAAAAAGAAAACAAAAAGAAGAAGUUAAUGAUCUUUUAACAAAUAAUGAUAACAAUAGUAACAAUCUUCAAGAUGAAUGUCAUUACGAAAUUAAAUAUAAGAAGCUGUUAGAAGAAUAUAAUGUUUUAAAAACAGAAUAUGAAAAAUUGAAAGAAGAUCAUAAGAAAAGAAUAAAAGUAUUAAACGAUUUAUUACGAUAUUACAAAAGAAUGCCUUCUGAAAAUGGUGAUUGUCGAAAAAAAAUUAAAAAGUUAAGUAAGAUAAUCACAUAAUAAAAAAUACAGCUCGUU